GAGGGGGCAGUGAGUGAGACACAGCACAGCCAGAAGCGAGCACAGAGUGCGAAAAGGCUUGUCAUUCAACUACAUUUAUCUCAAUGUGAUACGUGAACCGGCUAAAUUGUCCUCACUGUCUUUCUCUGCUGUGGGACUCAGUGAUGUGUCAGCUCGGUGGCUCCAUUAAGACCUGGAGUGCGCUAAGUUUAUGUUAGCAGUCUGUCGUUAGCUCCUGUCUUUAGCUCCCUCCCUCCCUCUCUCUCCCCCUCUCCCUCUCUCCUGCUGCUGCUUACUUCACACAACUUGUCAACAGCCGAUCGAUCGUGGACCGGACUCGGAACUGUUUUUUUUCUUUUGCUGUUCGCUUGUUGGUUUUUUAACCCUUUGCCAGCGUUUGUUGUGUGGAAACUCCUUUGAAGCAGCUACAGCAGUACUAAGAGAGUGGAGCUAUGAUGGCCACGUGACAAGAGGGGAGCCGCUGAGUCAGCUUCAACGGGAGCUAUGGAAGGGUUUCAGCAAACUACCACAGAGCAGCAUGAUGGAGCGAAUGGUUACCGCGAGCCCAAAUCCCCCCAGGACACUGCUGACGUUAGGUGGACGUCACUGGAGGGAGAGUCUGUGGGUUCAGACAGCUGUGGGGGAACAAGUGUGUCGGAGUUGACUGACCUGCAAGAGCUGAAGGCCCGAGAAAGUGAGGAUGAAGAGGACAGAGAAGAGAGGGAGGCGGUGCCUGUCCAAGUAAAGACCUGUAAAGACCCAAAAGGGGACCAGAAGAAAAUAGAGAAUGAAUGUCUGGAUCAGGAAGAGAACAAUCAUGGCAAGGAAAACAGUAGUGCAGCAUCCAGCUAUACAGACCUGUCCCAUACCUCGUCACCCUCGCUGUCGGAACAACUGCGGCUUGGCCGUGAGGACAGCGCAGCGUCUGGAAUCAGUGUGGAGUGUAAGGUCUGCGGUGACAAGGCCUCUGGCUUCCACUAUGGCGUGCAUGCCUGUGAGGGUUGUAAGGGCUUUUUCCGCCGAACUGUAAGAAUGAAACUGGAAUAUGACCGCUGUGAGCGUUCAUGCAAGAUACAGAAAAAGAAUCGCAACAAGUGCCAAUAUUGUCGCUUCCAGAAGUGCCUGUCUUUGGGAAUGUCCCAUGAUGCGAUCCGAUAUGGACGUAUGCCUGAGGCUGAGAGGAAGAAGCUGGUGGCAGGCCUGCUCGCUGAGGAACUGAACCAUGGCAAACCAGGUUGCUCUGACCUGAAGACCUUGGCCAAACAAGUCAACACAGCCUAUCAAAAGAACCUUAGUAUGACCAAGAAGAGGGCCCGCAGCAUCCUCACAGGCAAAACCAGCAGCACCUCGCCAUUUGUAAUCUACGAUGUAGACACACUGUGGAAAGCAGAGAGUGGUUUGGUAUGGAGCCAGUUAGUUCCUGGGGCACCGCUGACCAAGGAGAUUGGGGUCCAUGUGUUCUAUCGUUGCCAGUGUACCACAGUGGAGACUGUGCGAGAACUCACUGAGUUUGCCAAGUGCAUUCCAGGGUUCGUUGAUCUCUUCCUUAAUGACCAGGUGACUUUGCUGAAGUAUGGUGUGCACGAGGCUAUUUUUGCCAUGCUGCCGUCUCUCAUGAACAAAGAUGGACUGUUGGUGGCCAACGGAAAAGGUUUCGUCACCAGGGAGUUCCUGCGAAGCUUAAGAAAGCCCUUCAAUGAGAUCAUGGAGCCCAAGUUUGAAUUUGCGGUCAAGUUUAACGCUCUGGAGCUGGAUGAUAGUGACCUGGCUCUGUUUGUUGCUGCCAUUAUUCUCUGCGGAGAUCGUCCCGGGCUGAUGAACGUAAAGCAGGUGGAGCAGAGUCAGGACAACAUCCUCCAGGCACUGGACCUCCAUCUCCAAGCAAACCACUCGGACUCUGUCUACCUCUUCCCCAAGCUGCUGCAGAAGAUGGCCGACCUUCGUCAGCUGGUUACUGAGAAUGCUCAGCUCGUCCAAAAGAUUAAAAAGACUGAGUCGGAGACUUCGCUCCACCCUUUACUACAGGAGAUCUACAAAGACAUGUAUUAGUAAAUCUUCAGCACAGACUGCUUUUAGCAAUACUGUUACAGACGUUUUAUGAAUUUUUACAUUCAGAAUAAUACACUGCAUUUAGUACAAGCACUGUUCCACAUCUGGGCAUGGAUUUUAUAAUAAAAGCAGAUGAGACAAAAAGGCUUUUAGCAGAGCUAACACAAUCAGCAACGUCUACACAAUGUCGGCAUUACCUUCAACAUUGCAGUGUGAGAGUGUGUGUGUGCGCGUGCGUGUGUGCGUGCCUGAUAUGAACAUCUGGAAUCAUUUGCUGCAAGUCCUAGUUUCUCACAACGGUCACUUAACAGAGAGAAUGAUGUGUUUUCUCACCGAGGCUGCUCCUAUUUCAUCCUCAUCAACGGCAAAGCUGACCCCAGAGCAGUGUCUAGAGAGAGCUUCUCCUUAUUCAAUUCAGCUCAGUGUUUUGCUGUGUAGAGAAAGCAUUUCCUAUUCUUACACCAUUGACAUUGUUGUAAAAGAGAAGAGCCAUUAGUUUGCACUUUGCUCGAGUUUCUCAUGACACUGAUGUCAUUGGUCGAGUGAUAAAUGACUGGGUGAAGCUAAAGAUGCACAAGUGUUUUUUUUUCUUCACAUCAUUUCCUCAACAGUCACUGCCUUUCUUUGGUUGAUAGAACACAAACUGGGCUGGCUCCAGCAGUGCAGAGCUCUCUCAAUACAGCUCUCUGUGCAAUACCAUUUCUAUUUUUCAAUGAAUGGAGAUCCAAGUUUUGUAGGUUUUUGUCUUAAAGCCAUCUAUCCAAGUGGUAACUAAUGGACUAUGCUGCACAGACUUGAUUCCUGAAGCUGACACUAUAAAUGCAUGACCUGUUGAAGUUUAAGGGAUAGCAUGUGGGGUUUUUUUCCUCAUGGACAUGCAAAAUAUCAUAAAUUUGCCAUUUUAAGUUUUUUUUUUUGUUAGUUUGUAAUUAUGUUACUAAUUAUUUGUAAUUGUUGAUCAUACAUGUUAGGACAAAACAUGAAAUAUCAUUUUGUUUUAUGUAUAUGUGUUAUUUCAUUUUACAUGUCUGCUUGUUUAGUUUAGGUUGUACCAAAUAUAUCAUCAAGCAUACCUAUACCUUUUUUUUCUUAAUGAGCUUGGAUUUUAAGACCUUUGCAAGAUUUACCUAAAACCAGCAUACUGUAACAUGAUAUUAUUAUUGGGGAUAGGAAUGAUUAGUAGUCAAUGCAGCAUCUGGCAAUUCAGAAGUUGUUUUUGCUCACCCUGUAUAAAACCACAACAAAAAGCUAUUUUCAGACAUGCGCUAAACUUCUAAGGUUCUCUGUAGACGUGUGUAGGAGCUCCAUGUAUGAACAUAGUUGUGGCUUUGGAGAUUCUCCUGCCAGCUCCAAAGUAUCAUCUCUGGUUAAUGUCCGUGUGGGUUUAUGUGAAAACACAGAAGGAGAAUUUCCAGAGGACCCACAGCAAGUGAAUGGGUGUAUGUCCUACUUCCUAUAAGAACAAACGAGGAGCGAACACCCUCUGGAUCCUCAGGAGAUUCUCAUGUCCUGUGAAAACGUCUCGGUGAGAUAAUCUCCCGCUGCAUUUGUCAUACUCUAUGUAAACAGCAAACUUGGGAGAAUGUCUGGACUCAGAACUCAAGAAGUCCAUGUCUGAAAACUGCUCUAGAGUCAUACCUUGUUGUUUGUAGUCUGGUUUUCCUAAUAAGGAGAGGCACAAAAUGUGACAGCUUUACAAUACUGUUGUUCAUAUAUUUCUGUUUUUUUUUUUUUCCCAUAUUCUGUGGACUUGUUUUCUUUCCUGUGCUAAGUAUGUGACAUAAGUCUCCACCUUCUUAAGUUUCAUCUUGUGCUACAUUUUUCUCUCAAUCCCUAUCUACCUCUAAUGUACUAUCUGUGACACAAUUCCACUGUCUCAUCUAAUCUCUGACAGUUCUUAAUUGACAGUUUUUGCCUUAAUUCCUGCUUUUGGUACACGUUGCAAAUUUGAUUUUACUGGCUAAUGUGGAUGGAUAAAAGCAGUAUGUACACCAAAACCAAGAAAGUUGUUGAUGUAAGCUACCUCUAUGCCUGUGUAAAUGAUGGACAAUAUUUGUUCACAAAGAAGUGUGAAGACUGGAAGUAAUUCCAUCUAAAAGUCACAUGUAACCUAUCUUCAGAUGUAGUUUAGUUAAAUCUCAUAUAUAAACUUUAUUAGAAACA